AUGCGUAUGGAGCAGUGCAAAGAGAGGAAGUUUGUGUGCAAGUUCUGUAGCAAGAGGUUUGCUUGUGGGAAAUCACUUGGAGGUCACAUCAGAACUCACAUGAACAACGAGAAUUCACUUGAUUCAGAUGAGGAUGAGCCUAGUAAGCUCAGAAUCGACGAAAACGGAGAGAAGUUUGUGAUGGAUAGCCAAUCUGAUACCGAGGCUUCCUCGUCUCCUAUCAGGAGAAGAUCCAAGAGAGUUGUGAAACAUCACCACAGGGCUGAUGAUGCUUUUGUAGUUGGUGGUACCAUCAUGAACCAAUCCGAUUCUGCGUCUUCUGAUGCUUCCGAGAUCGAGCCGGAGCAGGAGGAAAUGGCAUUGUCUCUGAUGAUGCUCUCUAGGGAUUCAAGUUUCAAGAAAGGUUAUAACUUGGUGGUGAACUCUCUGGCUGAGUCGUCUGACAACAACUCGGUGAUUCUCGAGACUAAGUCAUCUUCAGGGGAACAGCUAAAGAUGUUCAAUGUGAAGAGUGUUAAUGAGGAGUUUCGUAAGAAGAACAAACUUGAAGGAGUGGAUAAUGGUGAUAUUCUCUAUGAUUCAGACAAUUCUGAUUCUGGCUACUUCAGGAACGGACCAAAGAAGCUGGACUCAGACGUUUCUGUUGAUGGGUUCUUCAGGAACACUGGGUUUGAUAACAAGGCUGUGAUGAGAACCGGAUCAGGAUUCAACAGCUCCACAGCAAAACAGGACAACAACUUGAACAGGUUCAGGAAGGAAUGGUCAGGGUCAGGGUCAGGGUCAGGAUCAGGUCGUUCUUCGACAAAGUACGAUCUGAGGAAAAGCAAAAGAGGGUUUCCUACAAACUGUCGAAAGAAGAUCAAGUACGAGUUCACUGAAUCUGUCUAUGACAGUGGUGAGCAUAGCUUGGAGACUGAUUCUUGUGCGGACACAAACCGAACAAUCAAGAUUCAUAGUAAGUCAUCGUCACCGAUGGUGAAGAAAGCAAGUGGUGGUGCAAAGAAAAAAAGCAAAGGUCACGAGUGUCCGAUUUGCUUCAGGGUGUUUAAAUCAGGACAGGCUUUAGGUGGUCACAAGAGAUCACAUUUCAUUGGGAAUCAAGAACACAGGACUCUGGUGAUACAACACCAAGUGGCUCAUGAGAUGCAUACACUCAUCGAUCUCAAUCUUCCUGCUCCUAUUGAUGAAUGA